AUGAAAUAUGAUAAUAGCAAUGAUAGUGACGACAAGAAGGUUGAAGAAGUUGAAGGUGAAAAUGUUCCUGAUUCACAGUCGGGGGAUUUGAACAAUAUUAAUAGUAAUAGAGAUUUCAAACCAUAUCGAAACAUCAACACUACAUCAUUUACAACAAUUAUUCCAAAAUCUAAUAAUUAA